GCACCUCCAGUCACAGGACUUGUAGAACAUGCCAAUGGAAUACUUGAGCAAAAGUUGGAAAAGUGGAAAGAGGCAACUGGCUAUGAUGAAAAUCACACACCUUUAUCCCGUCCAUUGCAUAGUAAAGAUAGUGUUUUAAGUAAAUUACUCAAUAUGGUUCAACU